CAUACACAUACAUACACAUACAAAUACACUACACAAUUACACAUCAUGACCUUUAGAGACACAUUGCUAGAUCAACUUAGGAAGCGUGAUAAGCGAGAAAGACAAUGGAAGGAAAUGAUUAACGCUAACCAGCGGUUGUUGCAUCAUGCGAUUGAGCUCCAAAAGAGAAACGAUCAACUAAUCUUAUAUGAGUCCAAUAAUAAUAGCACUCACACUCAAAAUGCGCCUGCAAACCAACAGCAGAUUAAUGAUUUGGAUCGUCGGAUAAGAGAGUUGCAUGAAGAGAGGGCCGAAAUGUACAAGUCACAGAGUGAGAAUGCCCAGAGACUAGUUCAUAUGAAUGAACAGUUGCGAGCCAAAGAAGAAACAGAAAAGCAGCAGGCAGAAGAAAUAAAGAGUUUCUCUGAAAAAAUCAAUGCAUUGUCAAAAGAGUGUGAUUUACAAGCCCAACAGUUGCGCGAGAAGAAUAUUGUGAUCCAAAUAUUACAAGAUGAGCUGGCAACUCUCCAUCUGGAAAUUGUCACUACUGAAGACCGCAGUAAAAAUCUCAGGAAGGAGAAUGAUCAGCUGUUGCAAAGAUGGAUGAAUUUGAAGAACGAAGAAGCCGAAAAGAUGAAUGAAGCUACCCAGUUUUACGAAGAACUUCGUAUAUUGGCACGUAAUAAUGGUCAGACACUACGUCAAGUUAAUGGAAAAUGGGUUAUGGAGCCAUCUCCAUCUACUACUUCCAGUAAAAAUAGAACACCUGCAGAAGACGAUCUUAAAAGAAGCAGUCGAAUACUAAGCAAUAUUUUAUUGCCAAGUCGUGUAACAAAAAAGUUUACAAUGCACGAAGGGGAAAUCUAUUGUGUUCAGGCAUCUUCAACAGGAUCAAUGUUUGCAACUGGCCGUGUGAACCAGACACUUGGUGGUGCUUUACAGACAAUUACUUCAGUAGAUUUUAAUUCAACCGAUGAGCUGGUACUGGGUGCUUCAACUGAUAACGCAACCCGUUUGUGGCAACUGAGUACAGGAAGGAUAAAACACACCCUGACUGGGCAUAUUGGCAAAGUGUAUUCUGCCAAAUUCAAUGCAGAUUCUAAUAGAGUGGUGUCUGGAAGUCACGACAGGACCCUCAAAGUUUGGGACCUUCAAAAAGGAAACUGCAUAAGAACAAUUUUUACUUUUUCAAGCUGUAAUGACCUCUGUCUUGGUGAUGCCGAUGGACUUACAUUGAUAAGCGGACACAUGGAUAAUAAUAUUCGAGUGUGGGAUACUCGUACUGGUAACGGUAUUAAAGAUAUGACUGGGCUUCACACUAGCCAAAUUACAUCUGUAUGCAUGUCGCCAGGUGGCUCAACUGUCCUAACAAACUCAAGAGAUCAUACACUCAAAAUUAUUGAUUUGAGAAUGUAUGAAGUUGUACAAUCAUUUCAGGCUGAUACUUUCCGUAACGGAAUCAAUUGGUCGAGGGCUUGUUUUAGCCCAGAUGGACAUUAUGUCGCAGCUGGAUCAGCGGACGGAGUACUGCACAUAUGGAAUUCUCGGUCUGGAAAGUUGGAAAAAUCAAUUGAAGGACACGGUGCUGCUGUAUGUGGACUAUCAUGGAAUCCAAGUGGCAGCUUGUUAUAUUCUGCUGACAAGAGCAAGGUCGUGUGUAUGUGGGAUACUGCACAUUCUGAUUCCUAAGCUUAAUAUUAUGCUUAAAUAUACCUCUAAAAUGUUUCCGCGAUAUUUGGAGAGGAAGGAAGCCUUUUUUUUAAAAAA